AUGCCUAGGGCUCGCGAAGGUUACCUCUGGACCAAGACUGGUCUCACACAGGGUCUCACCACGAAUGCGGUCGUGUCAAGCACCAAGUCGAUCCGAUCUCACUACGAUGUGAUCAUCAUUGGUGCUGGGUUCGCUGGUCUGAUAGCGGCACGAGAACUCUCUCGCCAACAUCGGUUGUCAGUCUUGAUUGUGGAAGGACGAGACCGCGUUGGAGGCCGGACGUGGACCGCGAAUGCACACCGCGAAGAGUUUGAAAUGGGCGGCACAUGGGUCCAUUGGAAUCAACCACAUCUGUAUGCGGAACUGUAUAGGUACAACCUCCACAAGAAUCUGAAGACAUCUGCCGGAACUCUCGCGGCCGAGAAGACCUAUUAUCGAGGAGCGGGAGGACGAGAAGCCCAAGUUGAAGAAGUUGAUGGUCAGGAUUUCGGCCAGAUCGCUCAGGCUGUCGCCGACAGAUUUUUCGUGUUGGAUGGUCUCAAUAGUAGAGAACUUAUGCCGUACCCUCACGACCCUUUCCGCGAUCCUGCACCUUGGAAAAAGUACGAUCAUCUCACUAUCCGCCAACGCCUUGAUCAGCUUGACUUGCCGACCGUCCACAAAGACUACUUUGAGACCCUAUGCAAUUCUUUCGGAAGCGCCACCGGUACUGAGAUCGGCUUCGUGGAAGCCCUGCGUUGGUACGCCCUAGGUGGACAUAGUAUGGAUCGAGUUUUCGAGCUUGCGGGAAUCUACAAGUUGGGAAACGGCGGUAUGACCUCUUUCGCCCUGAAGAUUCUUCAGGAUACAAGGUGCGAUAUUCUGCUCGACACAGUCAUCUCCGAAAUAAUCCAGCAAUCUCCUUGUGGAUCGACCAUUGUGAAAUCUCAGAACACACAAACCGUCCUAAACGGCAAGGCAGUCAUCUCCACUGUUCCCUUGAACUGUCUGGGCGACAUAAGUUUCACCCCUCCGCUGGGUGGCCCGAAGCGUGAAGCCAUUUCCAAGGGCCACAUCAACAAGGGUGCCAAGAUUCAUUUCAAGUUGAAGGCUACCGAGCCAGGCUGGUUUGCCGCCGCCAAUGGGUACGGAGAUUCAUCCUUCUGCUUCUCGUUUUCAGACCACAACGGACAUGGGCCGUCGGGCCCGGAUGGCACCUAUUGUAUCGGCUUCGGUUACAACGGAUUUGUCCCGGAUCCACGCGACAGCACCACUAUCAUUGACGAGUUCAAGCGAAACCUACGUCCUGACGCCGAGGUUGAGGCGUAUCUUACCCACGACUGGGCAAAUGACCCGCUGGCCAAAGGCGUUUGGAGCUCUUGGGGCAGCGGCUGCAUGACCAAGUAUACGAAGGUCCUGCAAGAACCACACGGUCAGGUCUUCUUUGCCAGUGGGGACUGGGCCGAUGGUUGGAGAGGGUUCAUCGAUGGGGCCAUCGAGAGCGGCAGGAAGGCAGCUAAUGAGGUGGCAGCGCUCUUCGACACUUCCGCUCAAGCAAAGUUGUAG